GUUCGGUGACAGUCGUGAAUCUUCUUUAGCAUCGAACGGACGUCUCACGUCCGAAAAACUCGAUCGAACCGUUGCGGGCUCUACAUAUCUAUAUAUUGAUCUAGAAACUCGGACGGAUAUAUAAUUUUUAUCGGUUUUCAUUUACGAAUUUUAUUCCGUUCACGUUAUCCUUCCGACCCCGCAAGCGGAACGAAAACAAUCCGAAAUCGAAAUGGGAGAAACGGACGGAGAUAUCGAGCCACGGGCUUCCGCCGAACCGGAGGCGGCCGCUGCCCAGGAUACCCUACAAGUGCCAACGCAAAAGAAGCGCAAGCUUAAGUCACCAACUCCGGGCAGCUUACGCGGACGCAGUGCCACGCCAAUUCACGGCCGGAGUCAGACCCCGUUCACACUGUACAUGACUCGGCGCAGUGCCACGCCGUCGACAUGGCGCAGCAUUACUCCCUUCCUGAAGCGGGAGGAAAAGGAGAAAACUCCCUUCGAGCUGGGACGGGACAUCAAGAGCCAGACGACCUGCAACAUCGCCGUCUUCGAUCGGGCCCUUGUAAUGGACAUUUCCGAGCCAUUGGACGUGCAGAAGCCCGUGCGUUACAUAACUUCCGAUCUGUCGGUGAUCGAUCGCGCUGCCGUAAUGGAUGUGUCCAACGUUGAGGUUAUCUACGUCGUUGAGGAGUACGAGGAGGUCGAAGAGGAGGAGAUAAUUGAGGAGGUCAAACCGAAAAAGAAGGAGAAAAAGGCCCGGAAGCCGCGCGUUCAGCGCAAGUCUAUCGACAAGGACAUGAGUCCUUCCGGCGCCGAGGAUGGCGAAGACUUGGGAGACUACGGUGGCGACGAUCGGGAGGACAGUAUCGAUCUCGAUGAAGGAGAUGAGCCCGUCAAGAAGGGCAAGAAGAAGGCUCCGCCGAAGAAGAAGGAGAAGAAGGAAAAUCCCCCAGUCCAAAAUUGACCUUGAAACUGGAGAUUGGAGGAGGCCAGAAGGCCAGCAAGAAAAUGUUUGA